AUGGGCGAGAGCAGCCGGCUGUGCUCCGGCUACUUCAGCGUGAACCACAGCUUCGUGGAGCCCUUCCAGUGCCCCCGGCGCGGCGAGGGCGCGGCGCUGCUCUACUGCUGCGGCUUCGCCGACCUCAAGUACUGCUGCAGCGAGCCCGGCAGCUACUUCCCCUACAAGCACAGCUACAUGUGGAGCCUCAGCAUUGGUGCUCUGAUCGGAUUGGGAAUUGCUGCCCUUGUUUUACUGGCCUUUGUCAUCAGCGUCUGUGUUCUUUGUUAUUUGUUUCUCUAUACAAAGCCUCAAAAAAUAGACACUGGACUUAAACUUCAACCCCUAGAAGCUUCUUCUGUUGGAGAAGACUACUUAAAUACAAAAACAAGACCCUUCGUUUCACAUGCAACAUCAAAUUCAACAAAUGAAACAUCCUAUGAAGCUGAUGAUAUAAUUCAAGAAAAAACAACAGAUACAACACAAAUCAAUACUGCAUAUUAGUGAAAAAUCCUGUAUUUUAAAAGAUUAUUGGAGCUGUAGCAAGAAUAAAGAAUGCAUUUCAAACUAUAGUUUCAAAUAUUGCUUUUUCAAUAUUCAUCACUCACAACAUAAAACACAACUGCAUUUUUGAUUAAUUCAUUGAACAAUAUGGUUUUGAUAGAUUGUCAUCUACAUUCAUUCACUUUUGUUAAGGUGUUUCUAUUGCAGGAAAUUAUGCUAGUUCUUCAGAAGAAAUUAAUGAAUUUACAAAUUAUGCAAGCAACAAAUGAGAUUAUCACACUACCAGCAUUUUACAAUUUUUAAAACAGGCAAAUGUUUUAGUUCAUUUGUUGUUUUUUCAAUAAGUGAUGGCAUUAGAUAAGCAAUUUCUCAGGAAAUUGUCUUUUGAACUAGAGUGUCAUGGUCUUAAGUUUCUUAGAAAUCAACCUCUGACAGACAAAUGGAGAGAGGAAGGGUGUAGUCAAUGUACAUAUGUGAAAAUAGUAUUAGGUAAUUUGAAGGGAUUAGUGGGAUUGAGACAGAUGGAGAAUGAAGAUGGUGACACUGAUCAAGAUGCACUGUAUUCUUAAAAUGACAUGCUGAGUUGAAACACCUUUGUAAUACUACUUAAAAAUCAUUAUUUUUAAAAAAUGAAAAAGAAAAAAUGUCAGUCCCUACCACUUUGGAUGAUUUUCAUGAAAUACAUUAUCAUUAUAAAGUUAAUAUUCAAUAACAAAAAUAUCACACUGCAUAAUCUAUACAAUGUUUUCUGUGUUUCAAGGGGCAACCUUAAUAAAAAUCCUUUACUGAUAAACUUCCUGUAGAAUCUGUUUGCAAGUUAUAAAACUAGUUUCUUUAGUUCCAUAGUAUGUCAUUUCUGCAAAUUAUAAGUGCCUUAAAAAGAGUUUUUAUCUAUAAUUUCUUUUGUAAGAACUUAGAUCUGAUUUUACAAUGGAUUUCAACAAAAGAAAAGGAAGAAUUGUAAGUCAGCUUUGCUGCACAGGUUUCCUGUAUUGUAUAAGGCUUUGUUAGUCAGAGGACUGGUCUUUCAAAAUGUGCCAAACAGUUUCUCUAGUCUAACAUUAAAAAGGAAUGCCCUACUGUUCUUGGAUUCAAGUUUGAGGUUUUUCCUUAAUAGGUUGUAAAAGUUUCUACCAAGAACCCUCUGGACCAGCAUUAUCGAAAAGGAUUUUUCAAGAUGAUAGAAAUCUUCUUUUCAUAUUUGCAUUGUCUGGUACAGUUGCCACUAAACCCAUGUGGUUAGUGGGCCCUUAAAAUGAGGCUAGUAUCACUGUAGGAUUAUAUUUUUAUUUCAUUAAUUAAUCUAAAUAGCUAUGUGUCUAUAUUGACAGAAGAGUCCUUGGGAUAAUUAUUGUAAUAUAAUUAUUGUAAUAUAAUAUUGUAAUAUUAUAUAUUGUAA